ACGUCACAUAUGCGCGCGGCCCAAAGCAGGAAGUUAGUCUUCUCCACUUCCUCUCCUCGGUCCAGUUCAGGAUUCCUGACGCGGAAGUAGAAGGCAUCUAUGUUAAUCCUUGCUACUGUGUACAGUUCAGCUUUCCAAAAGAUUUGGGAUACCUGACCAUUAUGGCAUCAAGAAACCUCUGGUAUAUGAGAAGUAACCUUUUCUUUGGUUCAAGAUGUUGGAUGAUUCGCUAUUCAGCAGAAAUCCUCAAAUCAGUUUCAUUUAGGCUUUUUGGUGUGACAUGUAAUAAUGGAGACAAAGAGCCUUUGGAGAAUGAGGACUUAUUGAACAACUUACUUACUAUGGGGGUUGAUAUUGACAUGGCAAAGAAACGACAGCCUGGAGUUUUUAAUAGAAUGGUUACUAAUGAGCAGGACCUAAAGAUGUUCCUUUUGUCCAAAGGAGCUAGCAAAGAAGUGAUUGCUAGCAUCAUAUCAAGAUAUCCACGAGCUAUAACACGUACUUCUGAAAGUCUUUCAAAACGUUGGGAUCUGUGGAGAAAGAUUAUGACAUCAGACCUUGAAAUUGUAAAUAUUUUGGAACGUUCUCCUGAAUCCUUUUUUCGGUCCAAUAAUAAUAUAAAUUUAGAAAAUAAUAUAAAGUUCCUCUACUCAGUUGGAUUGUCCCAGAAAUGCCUAUGUCGAUUAUUAGCCAAUGCCCCUCGCACCUUUUCCAAUAGUCUUGAUUUGAAUAAACAGAUGAUUGAAGUUUUGCAGGAAGUCUGUUUGUUCUUAGGUCACAAUGAUCCCACAGAUUUUGUCAGGAAGAUAAUUUCUAAAAAUCCUUUCAUCUUAAUUCAGAGCACCAAACGGGUGAAAGCUAACAUUGAAUUUUUACAGUCAACUUUCAACUUGAACAAGGAAGAACUGCUGCAACUGCUAUGUGGUCCAGGAGCUGGAAUUCUAGACCUUUCUACAGAAUGUGCCAAAAGAAAUUAUACAAAUAUCAAAGAGAAGCUGUUUUCUCUUGGACGUACUGAAGAAGAGGUACAGAAAUUUGUCUUAAGCUAUCCGGAUAUGAUGUUCUUGGCAGAUAAAAAGUUUAAUGAUAAAAUAGACUGCCUCAUAGAAGAAAAAAUUAGUAUUUUACAAAUAAUUGAAAGUCCUCGGGUUCUGGAUUCAAGCAUAAGUACUUUAAAAAGUCGAAUCAAAGAAUUGGUACAUGCUGGCUAUAACUUGAGUGUCUCUAACAUUGCUCUUCUAUCUUGGAGUCAAAAAAGAUUUGAAGCUAAACUGGAAAAAAUUAAACGGCUAGAACAAUGCCUGGGGAGUUAAAAAAAAAAAAAGUCUUGGGGCUGGGGUCGUGGCUCAGUGGUAGAGUACUUGCCUAGCAUGUGUGAAUCACUGUGUUCGAUCCUCAUACCACAUAAAAUAAAUAAAUAAAAUAAAGGUAUUGUGUCCAUCUACAACUGAAAAAAUAUUUGUUAAAAAAUUCUUAUAAUGUAUUUAUAUAAUUUAAUUUUGAAUUUGGGCCUUUCAGAAAGGACAGUUUUGAUUUCUUCACCACAAACAUGUAAUAAUCCUUUGGGUAUUUUAUUUUAAAAGUUCAUAAGAACUCAAUAUUGGCAUGCUUAAGUGUAGUCUUCCUAACUACUACUGUAUUUUGAAUUAAUGGCUGCUAUAUAGUAGUGGUAGUUCCUGAAUGCCAUGUAAAACAAAUUCAGAAAAUAAGCUUUUGUGGUUUCUGUUUGGACUGAAAAAUCAACAGAUUUGGGCUGGAGAUAUAGCUCAGUGGUAGAGUGCUUGCCUAGAAUUCAUAAGGUCAUGUCCAACACUGAUCCCCAGCAUAGAAAAAAAAAUUGACAUUCAUUCAAAUAGUUCUCUUCCCUCAUGGUUUUGAAUGGCAAGCUAUUUCUUCUGUUAUUCCAGUGCAAUCAGUUAUGAUCCAUCAGUAAAAGUCUGACAGAAUAGAAAGGAAGGAUUUUUCUCGGUUCCAAAUUCCAUAUUUUCUGUUCAAACCAUUAGUGUGUCUCCCAACCUAGGAUUUACCAUGAGUUUGCCCUGACAAGGGCAACUAUGGUAGAUAGAAGAAUAAUGGCCACCUAAAGGUCCCCAGAAACCAUGAGUAUGUUAUAGUGCAAUGGGUUUUAUAGAUGUGAUUAAGUUAAAAUAUGAUUAAGUUAAGGGUCUUGAGAUGGGGAGGUUAUCUUGAUUAAUUGGGAUGGGCUCAGUGGAAUCACAGGAUCCCAAAAAGUGGAAAAGAGAGGCAAAUAGGAGGUCAAAAUGGUGGAAUGUAGAAACACUUGACCACUUUUGCUGACUUUGAAGGAGGAAGAAGCCCUGAGGCAAGGAAUGCAGGUGGCCUAUAAAAAAUGGAAAAGGCAAGGAAACCGGUUCUGCCCUGGGGCCCCUAGAAAGAAGUGCAGGGCUGCUGGCACCUUGAUAUUAGCCCAGGGAGAGUAGUAUCAAACUUCUGAUGUGCAGAACCAUCAGAAUAAAUUGUUUUAAACCAGUGAAUUUUUGAUAACUUGUUACAGCAGCAAAUAGGUUAAUAACUGAUUAGUUGUAUUUAAAGGAGGAUGUCACAAAAUGUGGUCUUUUUAUUAUUUCUUUAUUUCUUCCUCUUAUAAGUAAAUUAUAUUAAAAUUUACUUUUCUGGAAUUUCUAAUGUUAGUGUUUAUGACAUCUAAAUGUGUUGAUAAAAAGCUAAGUGUAAAUAUCUAAAUAAAGGAAUAUUUUUGCCUAUUGAAAGUAGUUUAAAGAAAUGGUGGCCAUGUAUAUUUAUAUUUUGUUGGCAUUUCAUUUAAUAUAAAUAAACAGGAAUUUCUGGAGGCAUUGACUUAAAAAUGACAAAUUAGAUCAUGACUAUAUUUUGAACAUAUUAAUAAUCUAGCUCUAAUAGCAACUGAGGAGGAACAAGUUUUAUUUUUAUUUUUUAAAUUUUUUUUAAUAUUUAUUUUCCAUUUCUCGGCGGACACAACAUUGUUGUUUGUAUGUGGUGCUGAGGAUCGAACCCGGGCCGCACGCAUGCCAGGCGAGCGCGCUACGGCUUGAGCCACAUCCCCAGCCCCAGGAACAAGUUUUAUGACUUUAAUUACUUUAGAUUAUUUUCCAAAGUAAUUUGGUUUCUAAAUAUGGGUUUUGAAUUGAGUCACAUAACUUCAUGGUAUUUGCUAUCAUUAAUGCCUCAAAACAACAACAAGAAACCACCCCACUAAUUUGUACCAUUGGUAGAAACAAAGUGCCUGCUUUCCCAAAGCGUAUUGUAAUGAUCUCCAGUAAGGUAUUUGGUAGCAAGUUUGGCAUAAUUUAGAAACUAUGAUCUUUGUAGAGACAUUUCUUCAGAGUGAUAUGUCUUUAACUUUGUGUAAAUAAUUCACUAAACUUGUUUUCUUAUAAAAUUAAAAACCUUGCAGAGUUGGUAAAAAUCAAAUUAUAUAAGGUCUGUAAGAUUUCUUGUACAUAAUACCUGUUCAGUCAAGGAUAAGAAAAAUAAGUUACAGUAGUAUUUUUUUUAAAAAAGCUUUAUUGAUAUCUAAUUCAUAUACCAUGUAAUUUAUUAAUUUAUAUAAUUCAAGGUUUUAAAAAUAUUCAUUUAAGUUAUACAAUUUAAGAUAGUGUAUACGAUCAUCACUACAGUAUAAUUUUUAGAAUUUGUAUCCUCUAAAAGAAACUGGUACCCAUGGGCAGCCAAUCUUGUUUUCUCCCUUCCAGCCUCAUAGCACUAAGCAAAACCUAAAUCUUGCUGUCUUUAUAAGUUUGCUUUUCUGGACAUUAUAUAUAAAUGGAAUCAUACAUACAUAAUUUGUGACCACUUUCACUUAAUCUUUUUAAGUUUCAUUCAUGUAGCUCAUGUCAGCAUUCCUUUUUAUUGCCAAAUAGUGUUCUAUUAUAUGGAUACAAUAGUAUUGCUGGGAAUUAAAUUUAUUGUUAUGGCUUGAAACACAAAGUAUUAAAUCGUUGUCUUUGGAGUUGUAUGGAAGAAUUUCCCAAGGUAUCUCUCUUGGGAAUCUUAACAAAUUUAUAUGGAACUUGAGGGAGAUGGGCAGAGAAGGUAAAAGUUUUUUGGCAUAAGCAGGUCAUGGGGAUUUCACUUGGGUUGAGAUAAAUUGUAUAGAAACAAUAGUUGCAAAUGCCCAAGGAGAAUGUAGGAUGAACAGAAAUAUAAUACAACACUUGAUCAUUUUAAAAGUAACAUUUUUUUUUUUGUCAGAAGUGAAAGGAAAAUCCAUGUUAAUAGGAAAAUAAAUCACAAAAAAGAAGGAAAAAACCUCCAGAGAUAAUAGUUUGGUGGCUCUUCCUAUUGUUUUUCUUUGCAGAACUUAUCUGUACUUAGAUGUAAUAUGAGUAGGUAUGUAGUGUAUAUAUUUAAGUUGAUAUUGGACUAUUAUAAUUUUUCUUGUCCUAAUAAAUCCUAAACAUAUUACAUAAUUUUCAGUAUUAAAGGAUCAAGUAAGUAUUCACCUGUUAAUGUGGUUUUUAAUGGUUGUAUGAUGAAAUUCUGUUGCUGGAUAAACUGUAGUUUCUCAAUCUCUCACCAUUGUGCAGAGCAAAUGAAUAUUAGUAAUAUUUUAAACAUCUCAUCUGGAUUAUUUUAACAUUCCAUAGGUUAUACUGUCAUUUUUAAUCCAUUGGCAUUCUUUAUAAAUUAGAAGUUUAUUCUAGAAAAUAUAAAGGUUGAAUAUUGCAUUAUUGUACUGUUCUCUAAAUGUCAGUUUCACAAAACCAUUUUUUAAAAAUUUUAAUUUGUUAUAUAUGACAACACAAUGCAUUACAAUUCAUAUUACACAUAUAAAGCACAAUUUUUUCAUAUCUGAUUGUUCACACAGUUGUUGUAAAGGCUUAUUUAAAAGCUUUUGACUUGUAUCUUUUUGGUAAAAAUCAGCAUAAAGGUUUCUCUUAGUUAAUGCAUUUUGAUAAAUGUAACUGCAUGGGUGAAUCUCAAAUUAUGCAGGAGCCAGAGUAUGAAAUGUGAAAGGAGGCAGAGUACAAUCUAUAUAAUUACAUUUAUAUGAAAUGUAAAUUUCAUAGAAAAUUCUCAUCCAUCUGUAAUGACAGAAAGCAGAUCAUUGUUAGGGGAUCAGGGUGUUUGGAUGGGAAAGGAUACUUUGGAGGGACUACAUAGAAGUACAGGGACACUUUUGGGAGCGAUGUAUAUAUUCAUUGUUUUGAUUGUGGUGAUGGUUUUGUGAUUGUAUACAUAUGUCAAAACAUCAAAUUAGAUGGUUUUAAAAAUUUUAUUAUUUUGUGGUGCUGGGUAUUGAACCCAGGGCCUUAUGCAGGUGAGGCAACCACUCUACCAACUGAGCUAUAUCCCCAGACCUCAAAUUAUAUGUUUUAAAUAUGUUUGCUUUAGUAUACUUCAUUUAUACCUCAGUGAAGUUGAACAAUUCAUUUGCUUAAUACUGAUUUAAAGUUCUAUCAUUAUGCUGGGUAUGGUAGCACGUGCCUGAAAUCCUAGUGACUAAGUGAGGCUGGGGAAGGAGGAUCACAAGUUUGAGGUUAGCCUUGGCAACUUAUCAAGAACCUGUUUCAAAAUAAAAAUAUUAAAAAUAAACUAAAAAUAAGGUAAGGAUGUAACUUAGUGGUAGAUUGUCUUUGGGUUCAAUCCUCAGUACCAUACAAAAAUUAUUUUAAAAGUUCCAUCAUUAUCUGAUAAUAAAUUAAAUGUCUCUGUGUGCAUGUUUCUGUAUCUUCUUCAACUAUCUUAAUCAAAUGUAUUUGAAUUUAUAUUUCUAUGUCAUAUCAAGAAUUAAACAGUAUCAGUAAAGGUA